GUAGGUGUGUGUUGUCACUGUUUCUGGUUUUAGGUUUGGUGUUUUUAGUGAUGGUCUCUCUGCCAUUGAUGGAGACAGAAAUACUAGAACCUUUCGAGUGGCACCUCAGCCCUGCACAAAAGCGAGUGCAUGAACACGUGCACAGAGUUCUGGAGAGUCAGUGUCGUCCCAGCAGCAGCAGGCAAAGAUUGGCAGCUCAUCUCCCUGCUUCCAGUUACGUUAAACAGCCCUUCCUGUGGAAGGAUGAGCCCCUUCCUGAUGACCUUUUCCUGUACCCACCGCCAUUUGGGUUCAGGGGCCUUGAAGGCAAAGUAAUGGAGCUACUUAAGCUGCUGCCAGCCUCAGACUCAGCCCCCCAGACAGAAAAGACAUCAGGUAAAUGUCACCGCUGUGUGGUCAUAGGAAAUGGAGGCAUUCUCAAAGGCCUGGAGCUGGGCCUACUGAUUGACCGCUUUGACACCAUAAUCAGGUUAAACAGAGGUCCUGUGGGAGAGUUUCAUGUUGACGUUGGAAAUCGAACCAGCAUCAGGAUGAGUUACCCAGAGGGUACACCUCAUCACUGGGCCGACACUGACCCACAAUCCCUGUUUGCAGCUGUGGUGUUUAAAGGUGUAGACAUCAGCUGGAUCUCUGCUAUGAUCAACAAGCUCAGUGUGCCCCUGCAGGACUUGCGGCACUUCUGGCAGAAGGUUCCAGAUCAAAUCCCUCUUGAGCCGCCCAGGUUCAGACUUCUAAACCCACAUGUCGUCAGAGAAACUGCAUUCGACCUCCUGAAAUACACUCCACCCAGACCACCUAAGUGGGGCUGGGACCAGAAUGUGCCGACCCUGGGCGUUAUUGCACUGAAUGUAGCCAGUCUGCUGUGUGAUGAGGUCAGCCUGGCAGGCUUUGGCUAUAAUCUGACCCAGAGGGGGGCGCCACUGCACUACUACGACCACCUGCCUAUGAGCGCCAUGCUGCAGCAGACGUCGCACAAUGUGGACAGAGAGACUCAACUCUUGCAAAGCCUCGUCAGAGAGGGAACCAUCACUGACCUGACGGGGGGGAUCCACUGCUCCUUCUGCCCCAGCUGACCCCUGAGCCAUUUCACUGCAGAGCACAUCCUGUUAUUGUUGUGAAGUCCUUUUUUAGAAGAACAUGGUAUACACUGAAGUACAGAAAAAACAGAGCCCACCUUAUAAUGUAUUUUGUUUCUUACAAAGUGCUUCUUGACGACGUUUGCAGCAGUUUAAUUCUUCUGAUGUACACAUUUUAAGUUUCUUUGAGGAGAGGAGAAAAUUAGAAAAUUUCAUAUUGAAACUAUUUAAUGAUUUCAAUCCUUUGAGUUAUCAAUCUAUCUGGGUGAUUCUCUGAAUUCGGUGCACUUUGUGUCCCACAGGUGUACCUCAAACAUUUUCAUAUAAAGUACACCACAACUGCAUUUUAACACAAGAAAUGGAAUGUGUCUUUGCAUUAUAACACACAAAGAUAUUUU